UAAGGAAAAUUCUCUCUCAUUUCGCUUUCUUCUUUACAUCAUUACCAACACAGCUUUUGGUGUCGUCAACAGAUCCAUCCAUCAGUCCAGCAUCCAUUCGCCUUGCCUCAAAUCUCAUCGUUUCUUCUGCAGCAACCCAAAUUGCAUACCUCGUUCUUAUCUUUUACACAGCCAGCAAACUCGUCGAAGACCACCCCGCCGUGCCAAAUCCGGAUAACUUCGCCGCCAUGUCUGGAGAAAAGUCACACGUCUCCUUUGCGGAUGAAGCCCUCAGCUCCUUUGCAGACGAGAAUCCGACCGAGCUCACAUCCCCCGAGCCGAAACCCUCCGAUCGAGUUUUUAUCGAUUGGGAUGCUAUGGCCAAAUCAACCCAAUCCUACGAGCCUCCAACCAUGCAGCCGUCUCCAGCCCUUUGUCCAUAUUCAACCAUGCCGCCGCCUCCUACGACGCAGCCGGCCCCAAACAUGCCAACUAGGGGCUCCCGCACCUGGAAGCGUCUGCUCAGCUCGGCCUCGAACUCAUCACAAACGCUCGUCUUUGUGGCUUCUGCCAUCACCACAAUUUGUUGGGCCUUCAUACUUGGGAUGAUGGUUGCGGCGCCAACAGAUAAAUGGGAUCAAAGGAGCAACUGGGACCGCUUCUUUCGCUGCUUCGUACUCGCCUGGACAUCUCUCAGCAUACUGCUCGGCACGGCCCAAAUUCUUGUCCAGGGGCGUCACCUACCCGAUCCAAUCACCAGACAAUUAGUGAUUGUUCUCGCUGCAGCCGUAGUAUUGGCCUGCCUUUCGCUUGUGGUGGAGAUUCGCAGAUGGUACCUCUAGGUGUGCAAAUGGGACAGGACCGAGGGUUGACUUGAAGCCGGCGGCCUUUUCAUAACGGAAGCAGGAUGUCGGGUGCUGAUUGCUGUUGGGUUUCUACGAGGAGAACCCGGUAUUGAGCGCAAAAUCAGGCAGGCUUUGGGGCACGGAAAGGGAUACGGAGGAUUAAUAGCUUUCAUCAUCACAGUUUGA